AAUUUUGUUCUUGUCCCUUUCUUUACAUAAACAUGUCCAUUUUUAGAAUUAGACUUACUCAUGCAUCAUGCAGGUAUAUGCAUACUUCGAGACUUGCGAGACCUAUCAGCGUGGCACCAAUGGUGGAUGUGACUACCCCUCAUUUUCUUGAAUUGUUAAAUAUUAUUUCAGGCACAGAUCGCUAUGAUUACUAUAGUGAAAUGUACCAUUGUCAUGCCAUUGUCAAUCACAGAGAUCAUCUAGAUCGGUUUGUUGGAAAACCGAGAUCAAAUGUUGUUGUGCAAUUAGGAGGAUCAGAUCCAGACGCCAUGGCAACAGCAGCUAAAUCACUACAAGACUAUGGAUAUUCAGAAGUAAACAUUAACGCUGGCUGCCCAAGCCCCAAUGUUCAGAGUGGACAGUUUGGCGCCGUCUUGAUGAAGACACCUCAUAUUGUAGCGGACAUUCUAUCAGCCAUGGAUAAACAUCAUGUCCGGAUACCUGUGACAGUGAAGUGUCGGAUAGGUGUUGAUCAUCAAGAGUCUUUUGAAUUCCUUUACGAUUUUGUUAAAGCAAUUGCACACACACAAAAAGGUACAUUGCCCCAUUUGAUUCUUCAUGCAAGAAAGUGUAUCCUCAAAGGACUAUCACCCAAGCAGAAUAGAAGUAUUCCACCAUUAAAUUAUAAAAGAGUAUUUGAAAUAGCAAAAUCAUUUCCAGAUUUGCCCAUAUCGAUCAAUGGAGGUUUUAAUGAUGUGAGUCAAAUAAAGGAAGUGCUUACAAAGGUCGAUGGUUGUAUGAUUGGUAGAAAAAUCAUGGAUAAACCCCUGUUUUUACAGCAAUUGGAUCAGCAUGUCUACAAUCAAAGUGAGGUUAAAAGCCUUGAAAAGAUUAUAAAUGAGUAUCUUGAUUAUACAGAUAGCCUAUUAUCACUAAGCUUAGACAAGGCUGAUUAUGGCCUUCCUCCGUUCACUUUACUGCUCAAGCCACUCAUGAUGCUAUUUGAUGGUAAAAUGGGCAAAAAUUAUCGCCGACUUGUGGACGAAAGACGAAGGCAAACAAAGUCGACAUCACCAGAAGAUUUUCGUUCAAUUGUAUUAGGCGCGUUAAAUGAUCCUAGAUUGAUUUUCACUACGAUUUUUGAAGUAAAACAACCCAAGAAUGCAAAAUCUCCUAACACCUCGAAGGAGAUUUUUGAUAUUGCAGUCCUGAUUAACCAUGUUGUUGCACGGGAUAUUACCUUGUUAUUAGAGUUCCUUGUCUUGCAGUUGAAAAUCAUUCUGCUGCUUAUCAUUGCAGCUAUGUGGCGCCCUUACUCAGACAUCAACAACCCCCAAUUUAGGGGCAUAGCAUUUAUCAUGAUCCACGAAACGGAUACACUCACAGGAGUAACUCUUAUUGCUAGACAGCCUAAGGAGAUUACAGCAAAGACAUCAAAAUUGAAUGCUAUUGAUAAUUAA